AUGUCGUCGACGGAAUCGGAGUCGCUCUCAUUCCGCGACGUCGUCUUUCUCCCUGCCGAUGCCGCGCCGCCCUAUUCCCAAGAGGAGCCCGACAGCCCGCACUCCGACUCCCCACGCAGCAAUCAACGCGACGCGGACGUCCUAAAUGAUCGACGAAGCGCAGACAUUAACCAGCAGCGCUGGGGCUUCUUAAACGAUCGGCGCGCAGACUUCAAUGGUUCAAGCGUAGACUCCCGCGCCGCCGCUAUCGACAACUUGCCGCUACAGCCGACCGAAAGCAACGGCGCCUCGUUAGAACCACCAGCCAUGCGCCUGCCUUCUUUUUCCUUCGUCACCGCGCCGCCAGUAGAAGGGCCGAGGAAAGCAAACCCGCCUGACCAUGAGCGCGGCCCCGAGUCGGGGGGCCCGAUAACAGCCGCUACAGAUACCAUAAACGAGAGUAGUGGUACUAGUCCACAAGAACGUCAUAUUGGUGCUGGCGCGUCAUCCGAUUACGUAUUGGUGCGCCUUGACGGUCCCGAUCUGGCCUUUCCUCUGCACACGCCGACGCCGUCCGGCGCGCAACGAAAGCUCUCGCGAAUGCUGGCGAAAAAGCGCAGCGACGGCUGCGAAGCCCGCGAAGUGGCCAGUUCACCUUAUCGCACCUCCCCGUCGCCCGACUCGCCCCCUCAGUCGCUUUCCUCGAGCGCAGUUGUAGCGGCCGACGCGAGUCGCGCCGCCAUCCUGCCGCCAACGUACCUCGACCUCGCGUCGCCCCGCUGGAGAGUCGGCUUCAGCGGAAGCCGCCAUAUGAUGGGACUCGCUGGGUGGCGCCGCGCCACGGAUCUGCAGGUCAGUUCCCCCGCCGCGGGCUCCACUCAACGAGCCGCCGGCGCCGCCUCCGCCACCGCUGUCGCCGCCGCCGCUGCCGCAACAGCGGCGUUAAAUUCCAGUCUCGGUUUCGGAUUGGGGGGUUGCGCAGGCCAACCGCUGGUGGCGGAGGAGGAGGAGGAGGAUGGGGAGGAUGAAGAAGAGGCGCGCGAGGCGAAGGGGGAGAUGAUAAAGAGGGCGCUGCCGGGGGGGGGGCGUGCCGAUUCCGCAAGCCCGCGUUCUCCGCGCGAGUUCAGCCGGCAGAACGCGCACAAUUUUCCGCCACUGGUUGCGGUGAAGGAUGCGCAGGCGCUGGUGGAGCGGAUGAUGGGGGACGCGGAGGGCGGAACGGGGGGAAGUGACGGGGGCGCGGGGAAUGGAAAGAGGAAAUUCGAAGGACCGUGCAGCGGGCUUGCUUCGUCUACUUCCUCUGGUCCAGCUGUCAUUAAAGUAGUGGACCACCUGCCUGACGUGGCAUGUGCUGACGUGGCAGUGGAGGGGAAGCCGUGGGAGCAGGCUGAGCUGGCAAUGAAGGAAUGGACGGCAACAGUUGCCAUGCUGAUGGCAGCGCUGCAAAGUGAUGACGUCACUGCCGCUUCUGCUGGUGCUGCUGCAGUUACUGCUGCUCCUGCUGCUGCUACUGCUGUUGGUGCUGCAGCUGCUGGUGCAGGGGAGGCAGGGGAAGCUGGCACCAAGAGCACGGCAAAUGUGGAGGAGCCAUCUGUCGUUGCCCCACCAUCGCCCCGCAUCCCACCCCUCUCCGUCAAGCUUCCCCUCGACUCAUUUUCGCGCCCUAGGCCACGCAAAGCCACGUCACCUUCUCAGCAGGCCACGUCCCCCUCUCAGCAGGCCACGUCACCAUCACAACAUGCCUCCUCACCCUCACAGCAUGCCACGUCACCUUCAGAUGAGGCCUGCACCCGAGAAAACGGCCUCAAUGUAGAUCCAAGCCACUGCACUGAGCCAGAUGUACCUUCUGCUGCUGCUGCUGCGGCUGCUGCUGCUGCACCUGAGGGCAUCGAAUGUGGGUUGCAAGACUCGUUCUAUUCGUGCCGUUCCUCCCUCUCCUUCUCAUUCGCGUCUGACAGCUUCAACAGCAGCAUCCGCAGCAGCAGCAUCAGUAGCAGCAGCAGCAGCAGCAACAACGGUAGCAGCACCACAGCAGCAGAUGCCACAACCACCAUCACCGCACCACCCACGAGAGCAGCAGCAGCAGCAGCAGCAGCAGAAGCAGCGGCCAGCAUCUCCCUUUCAUCCAUCGUAUCUCAUCUCCUCUCCAAUGCCCACACUCUCGCCGACCCUUCUUCGCCCCCGGGCAGCUUGCGCAAGUCUCUGCUGCUCGCUGAAAUGUUUGUUGCUGCCCGCCGGUCUGCCCCUGUGUUCGAAGCCUACCUGGCAGGCAAGCCAGGGGGACACGUGGUGGCGUCUGAUUGGUCAACGCAGCUCCCAAGGCACCUGGCGGAGGGCGUGCUGGGGGCGUUUGAGUGGGUGGCUGUGGGGCUGGAGCGGGCGGCAGCAGCAGCAGCAGUGCCAACACGCACAAAGAUCUCUGCCAGGCAACAGCUGGCAUCUCUCCUCUCACCGCGCCAUCACAAGGUCGCUCCGCUCGCCUCCCCCCGGAGGGCGUCCCCCCCGCUCCUCUCCCCCCGCAAGUCGUCCCCGCCGCCUGCCUCUCCGCGUGCCGGCUCACCCGUGGGCGGGCAGGGGGACCCGAAGCCGCUGCCCAUGGUGGUGCGCGUGGUGGGGCACGUGGAGGAGUAUGGCGACUGGGACACUCCUGCUCCGUUCAUCCCUCCACCCAACCCUGAUGCACCCACAGCUUCGGUCCGAACCUACGGAGGAGCCUUGGCAAGCAUCUUCAGGGAGUUCGGAGGAAGGGAAGGAGAAGGAGGAGGAGUGGACGAGCAGGGUGUGACUAUAACGGGAUUGACUGAACGAAUAAUGGGGGCGCUUAUGGGGGUUGUGGAGGGGAAGGCGGCAGCAUGUGAUGAUGACGUCAUCAGGGCACUGUUCAUGCUCAACAACACAUGCGUCAUCCAGCAAGCCUGCCAGCGCUUCCCAUCAAUCAGCCCUGUGUCAGCCACAGUGGAGGACCACUCACAGGCCUUCCUGCUCGCAGCUACCAGGAAGCUGCUGCAGGCACUACCAUCUCCCGAAAAGAGCUUGAAGAUGAGCCAACGACAUGUGGAGGAGAGGCUUUCCGAAUUCAACAAGGAGUUCGAGUCCCUCUCGCUGCAGCAGCUCUCCUGGCCAAUAGUGGACGACGAUUGCCGAGUCGCAAUGCGCAAGAGAUGGGCCGCUCACAUUGAAUCCGUCUACAGCGAUUUUGUCGACCCUCACUUGUAA